AUGGAGAGCAGUGGGCCAAAGGUGUUGGAAACAGCUGAUGAGAUCCAGGAGAGGCGUCAGGAGGUGUUGGCUCGUUACCAGAGGUUCAAGGAGCUGGUUGCUGAAAGGGGUCAGAAGCUUGAAGAAUCCUAUCACUACCAGGUUUUCAGGCGGGAUGCAGAUGACCUGGGGAAAUGGAUUGUGGAGAAAAUCAACAUUGCAGGAGAUAAAAGCUAUGAAGACCCUACGAACAUACAGGGAAAAUACGAUAAACAUGAAUCCUUCACACUAGAAGUACAAGCAAAAUCAAACGUCAUUCCUGAACUGGAAGAAAUUAGGAAAAUCCGCUUUCCUGAGGGACAUUUUGCCCAUGAGGAAACAAAGGCUCAUCUGGAGGAACUGCACCGCCUGUGGGAACUGCUGCUAGAACUGACCGAGGAAAAGCGCAUCAUGCUGCUACAGGCCCUGAAUCUCCAGCAGUAUUUUCAGGACUGUGCAGACAUCUUGGAAUGGAUUAGAGACAAGGAGGCUAUAGCAGCAUCAGUGGAGCUGAGUGAGGACUGGGAGCGCACAGAAGUUCUACAUAAGAAGUUUGAAGAUUUCCGAAUGGAACUAGAAAUUCGGAAAGGAAAAGUGGUUGCAGUGAACCAAUAUGCCAAUGAGUGUGCUGAGGAGAACCACCCUCAACUGCCUUUGAUUAAGGAAAAACAGGAUGAGGUGAAUGCUGCCUGGGAGCAUCUCCAUGGUCUGGCUCUCCAGAGACAGAAAACCCUAUCCAAUGUUGCAGACCUCCAGAGAUUUAAAAGGGAUGUGGAUGAAGCCAUCCAGUGGAUCAAGGAGAAGAAGCCUCUUCUGACCUCUGAGAACUAUGGCACAGACCUUGUCAGCUCAGAGGCACUGUUCCACAGUCACGAGGGAUUUAAGAAGAAUCUUACAGACAUGGGAGAUAAGGUGAUGGCGUUAUGUGAUAAAGCAGAUAUGUUGGAGGUCUCCCAUCCUUCAGAAGCACCUCAGAUCCAGCAGAUGAAAGAGGACCUAUGUUCAAGAUGGGAGAAGAUCUGUGCUUUGGCUACCGCCAGAUAUACAAAGCUGAAGGCUUCUUAUGAGUAUCACAGAUUCUUAUCUGACUACGAUGAACUCUCAGGCUGGAUGAACGAGAAGACUGCUCUAAUCAAUGCUGAUGAAUUGCCUACAGAUGUGGCUGGCGGAGAAGCCCUACUGGACAGGCAUCAGCAGCAUAAGCAUGAGAUUGACUCUUAUGAUGACCGAUUUCAAACUGUUGAUGAAACUGGUCAAGCUCUGCUGGGUGCCAAUCACGAAGCCUCUGACGAAGUUAGGGAAAAGAUGGAAAAACUUGCCAACAACUGGGCUGCCCUGCUGGAACUGUGGGACAAGCGUCAACAUCAAUAUGAGCAGUGCUUGGAUAUGCAUCUGUUCUUCCGAGACAGUGAGCAAGUAGACAGUUGGAUGAGCAGACAAGAGGCCUUCCUGGAUAAUGAGGACUUGGGAAACUCUUUGGGAAGUGUGGAAGCCCUUCUUCAGAAGCAUGAAGACUUUGAGGAAGCUUUUACUGCCCAGGAAGAAAAGAUCACAACCUUAGAUAAAACAGCAACCAAACUGAUCGACAAUGACCAUUAUGACUCCAAGAACAUUGCUGCUAUACGAGAUGGGCUGUUGGGCCGGCGGGAUAUCCUGCGUAAAAGGGCUGCCACUAGACGUCAAUUGCUGAAGGAUUCAUUGCUUCUGCAGCAACUAUAUCAGGACUUAGAUGAUCUAAAAAACUGGAUCAACAAGAAGAAAAAGCUGGCAGAUGAUGAAGAUUACAAGGAUACACAGAAUUUGAAGAGCAGAGUACAAAAGCAACAAGCUUUUGAGGAGGAAUUGUCAGCUAAUACGAUACUACUCAACAACCUAGAGAAAACUGGCCAGAAGAUGAUUGAGGAUAAUCACUAUGCCUCUGACAAUGUGGAUGCUCGUUUGCGUGAAGUUGCCAGCCUCUGGAAGGAAUUGUUGGAGGCUAAUGAACAGAAAGGAACCCUGUUGCAAGAUGCUAACAAGAGACUUCAGUUUGAAAAUAAUGCGGAAGACCUAAAACGCUGGCUGGAGGAGGUGGAGGGCCAGGUUGCCUCUGAGGAUUAUGGGAAAGGCCUUUCAGAUGUCCAGCUUCUACUCAUGAAACAUGGCCUCCUGGAGUCAGCUGUAGCUACUCAUCAGGAUCAAGUGGACACCCUCACAGAUCUGGCUGCAUAUUUUGAGGAAGCAGGACAUCCCGAUGCUGGGGACAUACGGGCAAGACAGGAGUCUUUGGUGUUCCAGUUUGAAGCUCUGAAAGAACCACUGGCCACCCGGAAAAAAACCCUCAUAGACUUCCUAUGUUUGCACACGAUCUGUAGAGACAUUGAGGAUGAGGAGGCCUGGAUCCAAGAGACAGAACCCUCAGCAGCUUCUACCUACCUUGGUAAAAAUCUGAUUGCCUCCAAGAAUCUCCUGAACAGGCACCAAGUGAUUCUGGCUAACAUCGCCAGUCAUGAGCAACCCAUUAAAACAAUAACAGAGACAGGAAACAAAAUGGUAGAAGAAGGACACUUUGCUGCAGAAGAUGUGGCCUCUCGAGUGAAUAGUUUAAAUGAGAAUAUGAAGUCUUUACAGGCUAGAGCUGCUAGGAGGCAGAAUGAUCUUGAAGCCAAUGUCCAGCUCCAGCAAUACCUGGCCGAUCUACAUGAAGCAGAAGCGUGGAUUAGAGAGAAGGAGCCUAUAGUGAAAAAUACUAACUAUGGGGCUGAUGAAGAAGCAGCUGGAGCUCUUCUAAAGAAGCAUGAAGCCUUCCUAGAGGAUCUCAAAGCAUUUGGCACCAACAGCAUGCAAGCUCUGCGGAAUCAGGCAGAAGACUGCCAGGAACAACAGGCUGCACCAGUGGAGGGAGCUGGUCGAGAAGAGAGGGUUGUGGCUUUAUAUGACUUCAAAGCCCGUAACCCCCGAGAAGUCACCAUGAAGAAAAAUGAUGUCUUAACUCUACUUAGUUCCAUCAAUAAGAACUGGUGGAAAGUAGAAGCUGAUGACCACCAGGGAUUUGUCCCGGCUAACUAUGUCAGGAAACUGACCCAUGAAGAGUUUCCAAUGCUUCCACGGCGGCAACUACAAGAACCAGGCAGCAUUACCGAGCGCCAGGAGCAGAUUGAGGACCAGUACCGCUCCCUCCUUGAUCUGGCAGAAGAACGCAGACGUCAUCUAUCACAACGUUACAAUGAAUUUUUACUGGCAUAUGAGGCAGGAGACAUGUUGGAAUGGAUCCAAGAAAAGAAGGCAGAAAACACUGGGGUAGAGUUACAUGAUGUUUGGGAGUUUCAGAAAAAAUUAGAUGAGUUCCAAACGGAUUUGAAGACCAAUGAGCCUCGGCUGAGGGAAAUCAAUAAGGUGGCUGAUGACCUGCUGCUUGAAGAUCUUCUAACACCAGAAGGAGCUCACAUUAGACAGGAACUGAAUGUCCGCUGGGCCUCCCUGCAGAGACUGGAAAAGGAACAGCGCCAACUGCUAGGCAGUGCCCAUGCUGUCGAGAUGUUUCACAGAGAUGCAGAUGACACAAAGGAACUGAUUGAGAAGAAAUGCCAGGCCAUCAAAGCUGCUGACCCUGGCUCAGAUCUAUUCAGCGUCCAGGCCCUUCAGCGACAACAUGAGGGCUUCGAGCGAGAACUUCCGCCCUUGGAAGAAAAGGUGACCACCUUGGGGGAAACAGCAGAACGGCUCAGUGAGUCCCAUCCAGAUGCCACUGAGGACCUGCAAAGGCAACGAAGAGAGUUGAAUGAGGCUUGGGAUGACCUUCUGGAACAUACAAAGGGUCGCAAAGAAAACUUAAACGAAUCCCAGAAAUUCUACCUCUUCCUUAGCAAGGCCAGUGAUCUACAGAACUGGAUGAAUGGCAUUGGUGGUAUGGUGUCAUCACAGGAACUAGGUGGAGACUUAACUGGCACAGAGAUCUUGCUGGAGAGACACCAGGAGCACCACGAUGAUAUGGAGGCUGAGACUCCUACCUUUCAGGCAUUAGAGGAUUUUGGUGCAGAACUUAUAGGCAGUGAGCAUGAUGCCAGCCUUGAAAUAGAAAGAAAGCUUCAAGAUGUUAGGCAAGAUAGAAAUGAUUUAGAUAAAGCUUGGGAACAACGAAAGAAGAUGCUACAACAAUGUCUGGAGUUGCAGUUAUUCCAAGGGGACUGUGAUCAGGCUGAGAGCUGGAUGGUGGCACGUGAGAACUUCCUAAGGUCAGGUGACAAGGACUCCCUAGACAGCCUGGAGGCCUUGAUGAGGAAACGAGACGAUCUGGACAAAGCAAUCGAUGCCCAGGAAGGAAAGAUCACUGACCUAAAACAUUCUGCUGAACGGCUCAUAGCUGAUGACCACUAUGCCAAGGAAGAGAUUGCUGCUCGGCUCCAACGAGUUCUAGACAGGUGGAAUGCUCUCAAAGCUCAACUAAUUGCUGAGAGAACAAAGCUUGGAGACAAUGCUGACCUGAAACAAUUUAAUCAUGACCUUGAGGAACUGGAAGAAUGGAUCAGUGAGAUGCUCCCCACAGCCUGUGAUGAAUCCUACAAAGACCCUACGAACAUUCAGAGGAAAUACCUGAAACAUCAGACCUUUGAAAAUGAGGUCAAUGGCCGAGCUGAACAGGUGGAAGCAGUCAUCAACCUGGGGAACUCCCUGAUUGAACGAGGGGCCUGUGAUGGCAAUGAAGAAAUCAUGAAGGGACAACUGGAAGAUCUGAAGAAUCAUUGGGACUUCUUGCAUGAGAGAACAACUGAUAAAGGGAAUAAGCUCGCCGAGGCCAGUCGCCAGCAGAGGUUCAACACAGGAAUCCGGGAUUUUGAAUUCUGGCUCUCAGAGGCAGAGACACUGCUGGCCAUGAAAGAUCAGGCCAGGGAUUUGGCUUCAGCAGGCAACCUGCUUAAGAAGCAUCAGCUAUUGGAAAAAGAGAUGUUGGCCCGAGAGGAUGCACUCAAGAAACUGAAUGAAUUGGCUGAUGAACUGAUCUCCAGUGGAGCUUUCAAUGAGGACCAGAUUAUGGAGAAAAGGGAUAGUGUCAAUGAGCGCUUCCUGAAUGUCCAGGAUUUGGCUGCUGCACAUCAUGAGAAAUUGAAAGAGACUUAUGCCUUGUUCCAGUUCUUCCAGGACCUAGAUGAUGAGGAAUCUUGGAUAGAGGAGAAACUGUUACGAGUGAAAUCCCAAGACUAUGGGCGAGAUCUGCAAGGUGUUCAGAACUUACUGAAGAAGCACAAACGCCUAGAGGGAGAGCUGGUGGCACAUGAGCCUGCCAUCCAGAAUGUGCUGGAUAUGGCAGAGAAGCUGGGAGACAAGGCUGCUGUGGGGCAAGAAGAGAUUCAGGAACGAUUGGCUCAGUUUGUUCAACACUGGGAGGACCUGAAAGAGUUAGCCAAGACUCGAGGGCUUCAGUUGGAAGAGUCUCUAGAAUAUUUACAAUUCAUGGAGAAUGCUGAGGAGGAAGAAGCUUGGAUCAGUGAAAAGGAAACUUUGGUUGCCCGAGGGGAUUCUGGGGACACAUUGGCUGCUACUCAGAGUUUGCUAAAGAAGCAUGAAGCUUUGGAUAAUGACUUUGCCGUCCACGAGACCCGAGUGCAACAUGUGUGUGCUCAGGGAGAAGACAUUCUGAGUAAGGUGCUGCAGGAAGAAAGUCAGCACAAGGAGAAGAUUGCUGCCAAGAUAGAGGCUCUGAAUGAAAAGACUCCUCUUCUGGCCAAAGCCAUAGCUGCUUGGAAGUUACAAUUGGAGGAUGAUUAUGCCUUUCAGCAGUUUAACUGGAAGGCUGAUGUGGUAGAGGCUUGGAUAGCCGAGAAGGAAAGAAGCCUGAAGACCAAUGGCAAUGGUGCAGAUCUUGCAGCCUUUCUCACUCUGCUGGCAAAACAGGAUACUCUGGAUGCCAGUCUGCAGAGCUUCCAACAAGAGAGACUGUCUGAGAUCACUAACCUGAAGGACCAGUUGGUGGCAGCUGAGCACAGCCAGACCAAAGCCAUUGAGGAGCGCCAUGCUGCCUUGUUGAGACACUGGGAACAGUUGCUGGAAGCCUCUGCAGCCCACAGACAGAAGUUGUUAGAGAAGCAGUUGCCCCUACAGAAGGCUGAGGAGUUAUUCAUGGAAUUUGCAAACAAAGCUUCAGCUUUCAACAAUUGGUGUGAGAAUGCUGAGGAGGACCUGUCAGAGCCUGUGCAUUGUGUCUCACUGAAUGAAAUUCGCCAGCUGCAGAAGGACCAUGAGGUCUUCUUGGGCUCUUUGGCAGGGGCUCAAGCUGACUUCAACCAUUUGCUGGAGCUAGACCAGCAGAUUAAGGCAUUGAAUGUGCCCUCCAGCCCUUAUACCUGGUUAACAGUGGAAGUACUAGAAAGGAUCUGGAAGCACCUUCCAGACAUUAUCAAGGAACGGGAACAAGAGUUGCAAAAGGAGGAAGCAAGACAGGUCAAGAACUUUGAGAUGUGCCAGGAAUUUGAACAGAAUGCAAGUGCCUUCCUGCAGUGGAUUCUGGAGACAAGGGCAUAUUUUCUGGAUGGAUCUUUGCUCAAAGAAACAGGAACUCUGGAAUCCCAAUUGGAAGCAAAUAAAAGGAAGCAGAAGGAGAUCCAAGCCAUGAAACGUCAACUAACCAAGAUUGAGGACAUGGGGGACAACUUGGAGGAGGCGCUGGUCCUUGACAUAAAAUACAGCACUAUUGGGCUAGCCCAACAGUGGGACCAGCUCUAUCAGCUUGGGAUGCGGAUGCAACACAACUUGGAGCAACAGAUCCAAGCCAAGGACACAAUAGGUGUGAGUGAGGAGACACUAAAGGAGUUUAGCACAACUUACAAACACUUUGAUGAAAAUUUGACAGGGCGCUUGAAUCACAAGGAUUUCCGGUCCUGCCUAAGAGGACUCAAUUACUACUUGCCUAUGGUGGAGGAGGGUGAACCUGAACCCAAGUUUGAGAAGUUUCUGGAUGCUGUUGAUCCAGGAAGGAAAGGCUAUAUCUCACUGGAGGACUACACUUCAUUCCUGAUUGACAAGGAGUCAGAGAACAUCAAGUCUAGUGAUGAAAUAGAGAAUGGCUUCCAUGCCCUGGCAGAGGGCAAGUCUUAUAUUACCAAAGAGGACAUGAAGCAGGCCUUAACUCCAGAACAAGUAGCAUUUUGUACUUCACAUAUGCAGCAAUAUGUGGAUCCUCGGGGUAAAAGCCACCCUGCCGGCUAUGACUAUGUUGGCUUCACCAAUUCCUACUUUGGCAACUGA